GUCUCAUCUCUCACCUUGUCCCAACGUGCAAGUGAUACCGCUCAUGGGUCAAGACUGGCAAAUCGUCAACCUUACUCAAGAAAUCUCUGAACUAGUGGGCAAGCUAGGAGAACACUUUUUCGAUGGAUACUUAGCGCAGAUGCUGGUAAAGAGGAUUCGCCGCCCUCAAUACAUCGAAUUGGAUUCAGUGGUGGGGAUGUGCAAGCCAGGUUCCGUUGCAUUCAAUGGAAAGUGGACAAGAGCCCUGUUUCCGGUCAAUCUCAAACUUGAUAAAAGCACAUGGCUCUGUCCGAUGAGAGUCGAGCAAAGCUCUGAGUGUAUGCUGCUACACAGUCUUCCCUUCGAGCUCUUCAGCCUGAUCUGCGAGGACCUUGACAACGAGGAUCUCAUUUUCCUCUCUGUGACGUGCCAACACCUUUGGGAUCUGUGUCGGCCCUCACUAUACGAGCGUAUCACGCGCCUCUGCAACCGCCGUUACUGGAGUGGACAUCGAUUGGUUUGCUUUGGAGAUGGAGUCGCCAACAACGAUAUCCCAGACUCCAUCCUUUCUUUGGACGAGAGAGCAAAGUACCUUGUCAUCACAGACGGGCAAGCAACCAACGAUUACCAUUCCACCGUGACUCUAUACAAGUACGAAUUUACCAGUGCCCCUUCAUUCGACAGUUCGGUGAGCCUCGACUCCGAACUGCUCAUGAAGGCCCACAAGCGCAACUGUCAUCGAGAUAUCCUCCAUGCGCAGACCUUGUGUCAUUCCCUGCAUCAUAUCUGUUACAGCGACAUGGUGGUCAAGUCCACUACUGCCUCCACCAGUUGCAUUCUCCGAAACCUCACCAAGCAGCAGUACGUGCGCGAAACCGAGCUGUUCAAGAUGAAAGACAAGUAUUGGAACCCUCACCCAGGGCGCCAUAAUAACUUGUCUCUGGGUCACAUUGUCUUCGGGCGCAUAUGCUGGUCCUCGAAUUCCUCCGUAUCCAUGGGUCGGGACGAUUCCAUCGAGCUCCACCGCGGCGUUUGGGCUGGCGACCGGUUUGACAUCAUCUCUGAUUCAGAUGAGGAGUGGGUCAAAGAGCUGCAGCAAGAGACGUCACGGUGGAAGGAUGUCAGCAGAGAUGCGGUUGAUGAGCUUGAGCGGAUUUAUCGGUGGGAGUGUCUAUCAUGAACUAGGAAGGGGAGACGCGAAAGGACCCAGCUGCAGUUUACCAGGCCGGGGCGGCUGACGAAAGCGACAGUCAAUGCUGAAGCGGAAGGACGACAAGCGAACUCACCAUGAGAAGGCAAAUGGGCUAAAAUACUGCUGAAUGUAUUCGAUAGGUUAACGAAGUGCAGCCACCACGAAUAAUGCAAGAAACCAAAAAGCUCAUUCUGUUUCACUUGCCGCCUAACUGGGCUUCCACUCGAUUGUCGUCGCAAUCCAUGAUCGGACGGUUUCCAGAAUCCUGAUAAUAAGUAGGGGGAUAAUCUAUGUUUGAUGUCCGAGCACUAGUCGUUGAAGCGAGGUAUUCCAUGGCCAGUUGUAAGUGGGGCCGCUCAGUGUUGUGCGUGCUUGGAAAUUAGGUGGUCCGGUCCUCCGCAGUAAAUUUGAUUGCACGAGGUACCGAAAGUUUGAGGCAAGUGAGGGCGUUCGCACUUAUGCUGUACACAAACUCUGUGACCGAUUUCCAUGCAUUAGCACAACCGAGAUGGAAUUAUCAAGUAGUGGUGUU